GUAUAACAGAUUUUCCCCUGAUGUUUCGUGCAAAUAUCAACCACCUUUUCUAAUUUAUUACCAACAACAUUUGCUGCAAGCAUAUUAGUUGAACGAUGUCCAACAGUUAGUUGACACGCAAAACAUCAAAAAUACGAUCCAUAAACCGUAUGUGGGUGUAGUGAUUGACAAAAUUUCAUAAAGAAAAUUGAAAGUUUUUUUUUGUUGCAAAUAAUAGAAAAGAAAAUUUUGAUUCUGAAACGGAAUUGAUCUAAAACGAUAAGAAUGGGUAAAUACGUCGAUAGAAAUGUGAUAAUUGCGACGAUUCUUGUGUCGGCAGUAUUUGUGAAUUGUAUUCCGACAUCUGUUCUAAUUAAUAGCAAAGCUUCAAACACAGCCGAUAAUAAUAAAGUAAAACGAGCUAGCCCGAACCCUAAUCCAGAACCCGUUCAAGCGAGCGAAAAGUCUACUCAACAGCUAACCGAAAAGAAACCUGCACCACAAAAGCGAGGAGUGAAUGCUCAGCGCCGUUUUCCGGAUCUUAUUGAUGGAGUGGACGAAUAUUUCGAAGAUACGGACUCUGGCCUUCUGUAUCCGGAAAUAAAGGAGUUGGAGGAAUACCAACCACUACCGUAUCCGUACAGACCGAACAUCAAUGCGUAUGACAAUCUGCAGAGUAUUCUAAACAAUGGUUACGAGAGGCCGAUUGCCAUGCCAGUGGUACCAAAUCCAGUGUAUCCACGAUACUUUCCAGAUCGAAAGAAACGAUCAAACGGAGGAUUACGGCUCAAGGACUCAAAGUUAUCACCAGCUGAAAUGGUAGCAUUGUUAGAGUUGAUAGAGGACCGUUCACGAAUGGAUAACAGUCCAUAUGCAAACAACAAUUUAGAUUUUCAAAAUUCACCAUACGAACUGGAAGGUCAAGAGGAUAACGGCGAAUGGUGGAAUUCGAAUGCAUGGGCGGAACCAUCCGUUCAAUACUACGGCAACCCGUACAACAACAAUUUUGAACUUGAUUCACGAUAUGGCGGAUCGAAUUAUUAUCCAUCAAAACGAUUUAUGGUAGCUAAGAAGAAGCGAUCACUUAGUCCACGCGAAAACUUGGCUAUGGAGAAGUUGGUGAAAAAUGCAGCUGCUGGUCCGGGAGGCUUUGACAGUCGAUUCACACUUGGUGAUCUGAACGUAGCUGGUUCUUCGCACAAACAGCACAAUAAGUAUUUUUAAAUAAAUAUUUUCCUCAAUUAAUAACUGAGAGUUUUCUGGUUUCAUAUGUGCUUGAAACUGAACAAAAAAAAAAUAUUUUUUUCUAAUUAAAAAUAAUUUGUAUUUUACCUUGUGAAUUGUCUCCACAUAACUUAUAAUAUUUAUAACGACCGUUACAACCCAAACAAAAAUUAGUCAUUGAUGGUUUUAUUGUAUAUUUUAUCGUAAA